CGUCAAAUUCAAAAAUAGUUGGAAGUAACCUAGAAAAGUACUCAGUAUUUUUGCUUUUAACACGAAUUAAACAUUCAUAAAUUGAAUUGUAUGUGAAAAUAUUUUUAUUACUCUCAGUUAGAACAUAAGAUUCCGAUAUGCCCACUAUAUCCGUUAAACGAGAUUCUUUAUUUGCUGCACUCGGUAGAUCAUACACGGAUGACGAAUUUCAAGAAUUAUGUUUUGAAUUCGGUUUGGAACUUGAUGAAGUGACCACAGAAAAACAAAUGUUGAUGAAAGAGCAAGGAGACCAGGCUGGGGCUGGAGUAUCGGAAGAUGUUUUGUAUCGGAUAGACAUUCCAGCAAAUAGAUAUGAUUUAUUGUGUCUGGAAGGUUUAGUUAACGGACUACUUGUGUUCCAGGGAAAAAAGGCACCACCACAAUAUCAAAUUAAGAAAUAUGAAGAUUGUUACUCGCUACACCUCACACCCGCCACUGCACAGAUAAGGCCAUAUGCUGUUGCCGCUGUGCUUAAAGGAGUCACCUUCAAUAAAGAAAGUUAUGAUAGUUUCAUUGAGUUACAGGAUAAAUUACAUCAAAACAUUUGUAGAAAGAGAACUUUAGUGGCAAUCGGAACCCAUGACUUAGAUACAAUAAAAGGCCCAUUUGUGUAUGAUGCACUGCCUCCAAAUGAAAUUAAAUUCAAAGCACUCAACCAGCAGAAGGAAAUGACAGCUAAUGAGUUGAUGGAAUUGUAUUCUUGUCACGCUCAGCUAAAACAAUACUUAGGUAUCAUCAGAGACAGCCCUGUAUAUCCUGUAAUUAAAGACAAGAAUGGUGUUGUCCUCUCUAUGCCUCCUAUAAUCAAUGGAGAUCACUCGAAAAUAACAUUAAACACUAAAAAUGUGUUCAUUGAAUGUACUGCUACAGAUCUCACUAAGGCGAUAGUAGUACUAGAUACAAUUGUGUGUAUGUUCUCCGAAUACUGCACCAAUAAAUAUGAAGUGCAGCAAUGUAAGGUAUUCGCUCCUGAUGGCACAUAUGACCUGUAUCCCAAACUGGAGUAUAGAGAUGAGAUAAUCAAUGUGGAUAAGGCUAAUAAUUAUAUUGGCAUUGAAGAAGACGGUGACAAAAUAGCCGCUCUACUAUCUCGUAUGUGCUUAACAGCGAAGCAUGAAGACUCGUUACUAACAGUCCGCGUGCCCCCCACCAGGCAUGACGUCAUUCACGCGUGCGAUCUGUAUGAGGAUAUCGCUAUUGCUUAUGGGUAUAACAACAUACCCCGUAGACCGUCGCACGUAGUGUGCGCGGGCGGUCAGCAGCCGGUGAACAAACUGACGGAACAACUGCGUGCUGAGUGCGCUAAUGCGGGGUAUACGGAAGCACUUACUUUUACUCUUUGUUCACGAGAAGAUGUAGCAAGCAAACUUGGUACAAGCAUAGAGGAAGUACCCGCAGUGCACAUUUCAAACCCAAAAACUUUGGAAUUCCAAGUGGUCAGGACAUUACUUUUACCAGGACUAUUGAAAACAUUAGCCGCUAAUAAGAAAAUGCCCCUGCCUAUGAAGAUAUUCGAGAUCAGUGAUGUUGUUGUGAAAGAUGAUAAAGCUGAGACGGGUGCCCGCAACGAGCGGCGUGUAUGCGCGGUGUACAGCGGGCGUGCGGGCGGCUUCCAGUUCGUGCACGGGCUGCUCGACCGCCUGCUGGCGCUGCUCAGCGUGCCCUGGCGCACUGCUUACUCGUUACGGCCCGCCCAAGAUCCAGCAUACUUUCCAGGAAGAUGCGCGGAGGUUUUGCUCCAUGGUGAUGUGAUAGGGAAAAUCGGAGUCAUACACCCAAAUGUCUUAGCGGCAUUCGAACUUACUAACCCAUGCUCUGCCGUUGAAAUUAAUAUCGAACCAUUUGUUUAAGUUUAUAAAUGAUUUAUUUAUGUAAUAUAUGGGAUAACUACAUAA